AUGCUUCAGCAGCAGCAGACCAUCGAUCAGGCGCAAGCCAACACCAGCGUCGAUAUCAGCGCGAAGAAUGUCGUAUCCCAGCAACCAGGCGCCAAAUCUAUGUCGCUUUCGGGAGAGGACAAUAACCCCAUGCGUCUUCGCGGUGGAGAUGGCCAUCACCCCGUUGUCGCAUGUCUCUGCAUAUGCUGUAUAUGCUGUGGAUUGGAGGAGCUUUGCUGCCUAGAGGCGAUCGAUGACUGCUUCGCAAUGUGUUGCUAG